CGAAAACAUAGACCGAGAGAAUAUACCGAGUUAUAGUUAAAUUAGUUAAAUGGCAAUUCACCACGAGAAAACCUAAAUUUAACUGAGGUUUCUUAUUGCACGGCGGCGAUUAGUUGUUUACUUGUUGUUAAUAAAAAAAAAUCAUUCCACGGCGGUGGAGAGAAAAAAAGAGAGAGAGACAAAAGGAGACUACAAUGGCUGUUCCAAGAGGAGGAGGCAAUGGUUUGAAUGAAGAAGAAGAUGUUGACGGAGAUAACACUCUCUUUGAGGAAAACGGUGUUGACUACGACAGCGAUCCCGAGCUUCCCUCUCACCUCCGUGACUUGGCCACCGCAGCUCAGACCGGUGACGUUUCCGCCUUGCGCACCGCCAUCGACAAUUUGAAUGGGAGAGUCGAUGAGCCACUUGAGGAUAAUGACUCGGCACUUCACUUGGCGUGUCUAUAUGGUCACCUACCUUGUGUUCAGCUGCUCUUAGAAAGAGGAGCUGAUAUGGAAGUCAAAGAUGAAGACGAAGCAAUUCCUCUACAUGAUGCUUGUGCUGGAGGAUACUUAGAAAUAGUACAGCUUCUUUUUAGCCGAGCUAGUGGUCCCGAAUGUGUGAAGAGAAUGAUCGAAACAGCUGAUAUAGAAGGUGACACUCCUCUGCAUCAUGCAGCAAGAGGUGAGCAUGUUGAUGUGAUUAGUUUUUUACUGGGUUCAGGGGCUUCACCGACUACAAAAAACUCCUAUGGAAAGACACCAGAUGAGUUAGCUGAUUUAAACACUGAUGCUAGGAGGAUCCUGGAAGAAGCUAUAAACAACUCAAUAAUCUCCUAGUGAUGCUGCAAAUCUGCCAGUGAAGUAGUAGUAAAAUGUUAACUUUUUCUUAAUUCCAUUUUUGGUGGUUUCAUUUACAAAAGGUUUCAAAUCUGAUACCUAUCGAAUUAAGAAUUUCCGUGUCUGUUUGACUCCAUGAAAUUAUUACCAGAUUUGAGUACUACAAAUAUACAAGUCUUUUUUUUUUU